AACCAAACCCAAAGGUAUUUUCUCUGCUCCACAAUUGCCUCUCUUCUCUCUUCGGAGUGUCGAUAUUAUUCUCUUCUUACCUUUUGCUUUUCUUCUUUAGCUGAACGGGAACCCCUGGUUUUGCUCUUUCACUGUCAGUAACCUUCGUUUCUUGUUUUAUCUUGGUUUCUCUCUUCUGUUCUUGCUCAGCUUCAAUCAUUGGUUCCAGAUAGAGAUCUCAGUAUUUCAGGUGUUUCUGCCCAUCUUCCGCACUUUUCCCUCUCUGCUGACAGACCCUUUUCUUGAUUUACGCAAAAUUUUUCUCGAAAACCCAGUUUCUGGAGCUGCUCUGUUCCCCACGUUUCUUUGGGUUUUCUUUUAGUUAAUUGGAUGUUUGUCAUCUGAAUCAAGGAGUUUAGAGAGCUGUUGUGUCUCGGGAGAAUUUAAGCUUUGAUUUUUUGUUAGUUCUCUUUUUCCCUUAUCCUCUUAAAAUUUCCGAUGGAGAGAAGUUUGAUUCUUUCUGGGAUCAGGAGGUGGUGUGUUAGUGAUCUGUAGAAGAACUUUAUUCUGGGAUCGAGAGGUUCGGUGGAUUUCGUUCAGCUGAGAAGAGAACUUGGUGAUUUGAUGGUUGCUACAGCUAUGGCUGUACAGGAACACACUGGAUCAGACGCUCCUCUGCCUACAAAUGACAACAUCCCGUUCGACUUAGGCACACCCACUGUUAAGGGUAACCAGUUGAGAGAGCAGUUCAAUGCCGGGGAUGACUUUGCUCCAAAGGCAAGGAAGCCAUAUACAAUCACCAAACAACGAGAGAGAUGGACUGAAGAAGAGCACAAAAAGUUUAUUGAGGCAUUGAAACUUUAUGGUCGGGCUUGGAGAAAAAUUGAAGAGCAUGUUGGAACCAAAACUGCAGUGCAAAUUCGAAGCCAUGCACAGAAGUUUUUCUCCAAGGUUGUGCGUGAAUCUAACACUGGCGACACCAGUUCUGUGAAGUCAAUUGAAAUUCCACCUCCUAGGCCUAAGAGAAAACCGUCACAUCCUUAUCCUCGCAAGCUUGUUCCUCCAGUCAAAACGGGAAUCAGAAUACCUGAGAAACCAUCAAGUUCUGCAUCUCCAAAUACUUCAGAACAGGAGAAUCAGUCUCCAACAUCUGUAUUGUCUACAAUUGGUUCUGAUUCAUCUGUCGGGCUGGAUUCCUGUAUGCCAAAUAGCAGCCCGUCCCCAGUCUCUUCCGGUCUUCCUCUCAAUGCUGGAAUGAUUUCUUGUUCUGAAGCGCCUAAACGUCUGUCAGAAGAUGCUGAUCAUGAAGAUGAGAAUUCAAGUCCGGAUGAAAAAAUACCUCUGGAAUUGGAGCUUUCAUCUCAAAACACCGCAUUGGUUAAAGAAGAUCCAAGUGAAUCAGCUGCUCAAAGCUUGAAGCUGUUUGGUAAGACGUUAUUAGUUGCGGAUCCUCGUGGACCGUCUUAUUUGACCCCAGAGACUUGCAAGGCUGAGUCAUUUGACAUAAGCGACGGAUCUUGUUCAUUUCCUUUGAGGGUCGUUCCUCUAAAGUUUCCAAAAUGUAAUUAUGAGUACGAAUCGAGUGCCUUUCCCGACAGAUCUCCUGUGCCAGUCUAUACUACCGACAAGUUGAGCCCUGUGGAUGCUCGCCAUCCAGUUCCAUUUCCAUGGUUGACACUUUGUAGUGAUGCAUCAAGUUCGACCCAGGAAGUGCAUAGUCCAAUUCCGAUCAAAGCCCAAUUACUGUGUGAUAAGAAGGAAAAGUUGGAUAACGAUGAACAGAAGGAGGGGUCUUCCACUAGCUCUAAUACUGACAACUUUCUUGGCGCAUCCCCAGAUGGAGGAAAGAACUGGGGCAUUAAUAGCUGUCACCUCUCCCUCAAACGGAAAGGGACGGAAGGAAAAUCCUUCUCAUCCUACAAAUUGAGCAAGAGAAUUUCGGCAAACUCUCUAAACUGCAGACAGGGAUUUGUGCCGUACAAAAGGUGUUUCGCUGAGCCAGAGUCCAACAUCUCCAAGACAGAAACUGCCGAAGAGAGAGAGAAGCAACGCAUUCGCUUCUGCUUAUAGCUCAUAGACGAUGAAGACCUCUGAGGUUCAAUGACUAUUAUUAACUUGUAGCAAUGCUAGAAGUUGGAUAACUGGAUUGCUAAAGGCAAGCUGGAGUCAAAACUGGCCUAGUCUGUAUCCAUAUACGCAAUUUUUAUCCGGUUUUCCUUUUCUUCUUGACUAUUUAAGUGUAUUUUGAGUGAACUCUGCAGUCCAUCAUGUUGUCAUCUGCAAGAAUCUGUUAGCUAUUGCAGUGUAAUUUGCCCUGUAAACUGUGAAUUUUUGUUCUGGAUUUCCCUGUAAGAUGUCAUAGAGUCAGGCUCAGAUGGUGAGCUUCAUCAUGUUUGAAACAACUACAGUGGUCCUUUAUUUUC